AUGGACCACUCGCCAUGGAAGCGAGAGAUGCCUAUGGCCGCACUAAGGACACAGGAGGAUUUGAAGGGCUGGCUCGUAGGUUGUGACAAGGACAUCGGAGGCUUCUCAGAGGCUCAUCUGGAGAUCACCAAGAACGGUACAGGCAAGUCAAGUCGCUUUUAUGGUCAUUUGUCACUGGAUCUUCCCGAGAACGAGGACGUUGAAAAGAGUGGAUAUGCAGGCAUCAGGACAAAGACAAGGCCAGGAUCGGUUUUUGGCACACCUGUCUGGGAUACAUGUCUUUACGAGUACCUUUCGUUAAGAGUCAAGGGCGAUGAGCGGAAAUACUUUGUCAAUCUCCAAACAGAUGGUGUUGUGCCUACGGAUCUGUACCAGCACCGUCUCUUUUUGAAAACGCCCGGCGAGUGGGAGACCGUUUUGAUCCCAUUUAAGGACUUUAUCUUGACAAAUCAGGGCUUUAUUCAGGAGGAUCAAAUCGAGAUUUACAGGGAGAGGGUCAAGAACGUGGGUGUCUCCAUCAUUGACAGGAAAUCAGGCCCUUUCGAGCUGGAGAUUGAAAGCAUCAGCGCUGCCAAUGUCGGACCGGAUCCAAAUGCACCCCAGCCAGAGAAUGAGCACCAUUGA